CGAACUAGAAUGACGAGGCAUCGACUAUGGUACCGUGGCAACAAGGUGAUGAUAUGAAGGGCACCUGUCGCCAGUUCAUCGUUUUCUUUUUCUUUAGCCGUAUCGGCGCUUGACAGUUUGGCGUAAAGACCCAGGUGUCUCACUGCGUUUCGCUGCUUAAACGUAAAAGCCAGGAGAGCCUCCAAAGCGGCGGCCGGCUUCCCAUCUUCACAGCGCUGAAUGUUAAAGGAUAAAGAACUCAGAGGUGGGAUGGUCGUCCUGUUCGCCAGCCGCUCUUCAGUGUGCAGCUUCAGAGCCCUGGUCCUAUCAGCACCUUCAUAUUCAUCAUCUCCCUCCUUUUGCUGAGGUUCAUGCUGGCAUCGUGCCUAGAAGGUCCCCACCAUGUUCAUCUGCACCUCCACUUCUCUCCAUCAAAUGUCCUGCAAGAAGAUCUUCUUUCUGCUUCUGGCAGUGAGCAGCCUGAGCCUCUUUCUGCACUACAGAGGCGGUUUCAUCUGGACUAUAAAAUCGUCCAAAAUGACCAGUAACAUUACAUGCAGCCUGUCCUCUGCUGCCGCAAAGCCGAAGCACAUGAGCAUCGUCUUCCUGAAGACGCACAAGACGGCCAGCAGCACCAUGCAGAACAUCCUGUUCCGCUUUGCCGAGCACCACAACCUCACCGUCGCCCUUCCACUGAGCCUAUGUGGUCACCAGUUCUGCUAUCCAUCCUCCUUUAGCUCCAGAUUCGUCCACCCCUACACACUGCCUGCCCGCAUCAUCACCAAUCACAUGCGCUUCAACCACAAUGAGGUACAGCGCAUCAUGCCUAAUGACACCAUCUACGUUACCAUCCUGCGAGAGCCGGCCUCCAUGUUUGAGUCGCUGUUCAGCUACUACAACCAGCACUGCCCGAGCUUCAAGCGCGUCCCAGACGGCUCCCUGGAGACCUUCCUCAAGGACCCCAGGCGUUACUACGAUCCCGCCGAGAAGGACUCCAUGUAUGCCCACAACACGCUGACCUAUGACCUGGGCGGGGAUAACAACCACCGGGCCAGUGACAAGGCUUACGUGAAGGGCUUCAUCGCCAAGAUUGAGAGCAUCUUCUCCUUGGUCAUGAUCUCCGAGUACUUCGAUGAGUCGCUGGUGCUGCUGCGACACCUGCUCUCCUGGGAGCUGGAGGAUGUGCUCUACAUCAAACAGAACAUGCGCACCCCCGGCUCCCGGAGGUCCCUGCAAGAGGGGCUUCCGGCCAGGAUCCGCGUCUGGAAUGCUCUCGAUGCCCAGCUCUACGACCACUUCAACGCCAGCCUGUGGCGCCAGCUGGAUGCCCUGGGGCUGGACUGCGUGGCCCGGGAGGUGCAGCUGCUGCGCCAGGCCCGUGACCGCCUCGUGCGCGGCUGUUUCGGGGGCCUGCAACCCCAGCCACUCCCACCAAACCAGAUCAAGGACAAGGUGCUGCGUCCGGCGCAGCCGCCCAAGGUGACUAUCAUGGGCUACGAUCUGCCCCUCAAUGCCUCCUACAUGGGCGCCAAGCCGGGCAGUGAGUCACGUGACCACUGCCUGAAGCUCAUACUGCCAGAGAUGCAGUACUCGCAGCGCCUGCUGCAGAUGCAGUCACUGCAGUACCGCAUGCGUUUAUACUCCAUUCUGCGGCGCAGACUAGGCAGGGCUUCCUAGCCACGCUCAUUUCUGUGAUCUUCUUGGACCCCCCCCCCCCCUCCCCCCUGAACCCUUCACCCCUCUACUCUGGAAACUUCCUACAGGGCCAGGAAUGUAGGUCUUUGUCGUCCCUGGUGCACAGAGACCUGCAUACGUCGUACUCAGGCAGUCCCCUCUCUUACUUGACAUCACAGCCUCUCCUUUGUUAUCGAUUUUUUUGGCUGUCCCUCCAAGUGAACAGUGGUUGGAUGUUUUUUCUCCUGGUUGCCUGGUUGAGAAGUUAACUCAUGUGAAAGUUUGAAACAAAGCUUCCGGUUUAUUGCAAUUCCCUGUAAUGUCAGGCUGUUUGCUACAUGUUUAACUGACACUGUAUUGCACCUUUGUCCUAUGUUAGCUUUCUGCUCCUAUCUCUUGUUAGAGGGGUCGGUGCCGACCCGUGUCUUAAAUCAGCCAUAAAAUACUCUCAAAACAAUUAUUUAUCAUCCAAUUUGUGUCUUACCUCUUGGUUACCUUGUUAGGCUUCCUGCUCCAUGAAAAGAUUUUAAUAUUUUUGGUGAGGCUUUCUGGACCUUUCUGUGACAGCAUACCUCUCGUUUUCAAAAAACAAUGGUAAAUAAACCUCAAGGGAAUUAUAUAUUAUUAUAAAUAAACUGAAUUGGUCUUAUCUUGCCUUAUAUAGACGGGCAUGCCUUGCUUAGUGAUUUUUUUUUUUUAUUAUUAUUAAUUUUGUUUAAAUAGAGGUUUCUGACAAAGUCAAAUAGCCUUGAUGCAGUACACAAAUUUCUGUGGUGUUUUAUGCAUUUUAAACUUACAAACGGGUCGGUGCCGACCCGAACACGACAGGUUAAUGCCGUUCUCUUUGGUAUUGUGCGACAGAUCAUUCUUGAUGAGACAUGGAUGCAUUUUUCAUGAUGAAUGAUUCCGUGGCUGAAUGUUUUGUGUAAUAUUAACACGCCAAGGUGCCGGGAAGCAGGAUAGACCUGCUCGAUAUGUGAUGUCGAGCUGGAGGUAGCCUGCAGCUGCCUCUUAUUUAUUUAUAAUUACUCUUAUGUCCGCAUAUUCUGAGCACGAUUCUGUAAAAGGCUGCCUGCAUGAGGACUCGGACCGCAAUUAGACAGGGUGCCUUUAAGAACUACUCACGGGAUAACCCCUGUCCUGGCCUCACUCCACUGGCUGCCUGUAUAUCAUAGAGUCCAUUUUAAAAUGACUUGCUUUUACAGGUUUGAGAGACCCCCUCAAUGUCAACCUUUAAAACACGUCUUAAAACUCACUUUUAUGCUUUGGCUUUUGGCCCCAGCAGCACUUAGUUUUCUUUUAAUUAUUUGACUUUGUUUUUUUUUCUCUUCUGUCUGCGGUGCUCCAAUGUACAGCACUUUGUGUCAGUUAUGGUUGAUUUAAAGUGCUUUAUAAAUAAAGAUGAUGUGGUAUGGGAAA